AUGGCAGGAUCAAGGCGCAAGCGGUCUAGAGCUGAGGAAGAUGAUGACGAUGAAUAUCUUCCGGAGAAUGAAGGUUUGCGUCGCGCAAAGAGAGCUCGUCGUUUUUCGGAGGAAGAAGCUGGAAGUGAAGCGAGGGUCAACAUUCCUUCCGCCGCACAGAGCCAGGAGCAGCGUGUCCCAAACCAGCCUUCUCUCGUUCCUCAGGAGCCACGCGAUGUUGCCAUGGGCGUCAAUCCCCGCGUCAUUGAUCCGCUGUGGCUUUUGCAUCUUCCAGACCGAGGAGAGUUCCUACCACCAGACGCUGUUCAUCCCGCUAGCCAAGGUCAAGCUCCUCCAGUGGCUCCACCUGCAGAAGACGAGGAUAUCGCGGCAGAGCUGAACCUGGACUCUCUCGACCUUCCCGAGGCAGCCGCGGAGAUCAUCGAAGCCUCCAACCGCAUGACGUCGCAGCAGUUGGACGACAUUCUGCAGAUGCAGAUGGGCCUGAGUGGAUACGACGGGCCGCUCUACGCACGAGUUCGAGAUAGCUGCGACUGGCGCUGCAGCAUGCUCACCGGCCAUGUAGAGUGGUGUCCUCUCCGGGGUAAGUCUCUUAAGUCUUCUGCGCAUGUAACGUCGAUCAUGGCUAUGGUAAUUGACGGAUUAGCUGUAGGCAUCUUGUUAGCCGACGACAACUAA